CGGCCGGAGAGUAUAAAAGGCUAGCUGCUUGAGCACUUGUACACCGUUUUUCUGGUUACUGUCGCUUUCCUUCCUAUUCUAAUAUGUCUGGACGCGGCAAACAAGGCGGUAAGGCGCGUGCCAARGCCAAGACGCGCUCUUCCCGGGCGGGCCUGCAGUUCCCCGUGGGCAGGGUCCACCGUCUCCUGCGCAAGGGCAACUAUGCGGAGCGGGUCGGGGCCGGCGCUCCCGUCUACCUGGCGGCKGUGCUCGAGUACCUGACGGCUGAGAUCCUGGAGCUGGCUGGCAACGCGGCCCGCGACAACAAGAAGACGCGCAUCAUCCCUCGCCACCUGCAGCUGGCCAUCCGCAACGACGAGGAGCUCAACAAGCUGUUAGGCCGYGUGACCAUCGCGCAGGGCGGUGUCCUGCCCAACAUCCAGGCAGUGCUGCUGCCCAAGAAGACCGAGAGCCACCAUAAGGCUAAAGCCAAGUGA